AUGGCCGAAAGUAUUGAUUGGUGGAUAAUACCAGUUUUGGAUGUUGACGGUUUUGUUUAUACAUAUGAAAAGAAAUCUUCGUGGCUCAAGUCAAAUCCCGAUUUUUUCGAUGCUUGCCGUAGUUCCAAUUAUUCACGGAAACCAACGAAACCCAAUCCUCAUUUCGAUCAAUGCAAUGGCCCUCAAGUUACAUUUGAAUCCACGCCAGAAAUCGAGCUCUUAAAAAAAUUUAUUGACACCAACUUACCAAAAGAUUAUAUUAAAAUCUAUAUAGGUUUACAUUCGGGGGUGCAAGCUGUACUUACACCAUGUAACAAUAUGGAAGAGUUUCCACCGAAUUAUAAUCAACUUAUGUUCGUGGCUAAGGCUUUCGUCGACGCUUUGUUUCCUAGAUUCCAUACCCAAUAUAGUUAUGGAACCAGCGCAAAUAUCUUAAAUUGGGCUUAUGCGGAGAAAGGUAUACCAAUAGCUCUUGGCAUUGGAUUACCUAAAGAUAGAGCAAUGCCUUUUCAGUUGCCAAAGCGCGCUAUCUUACGUUUAAGCAAAGAACUAUUAGAUGGUUUCAUCGGAUUAAUUAAGGCUGUUAAAGAGCUCGGGCACAUAUGA